AUAUUUUUACCUAAAAUACUUUUAGAUAUCUACUGUUUAGAAUCACCGAAUAACUUUGUUAUACUUGAAUCAUGAUACGAUAUGUAUAUCAAAAGUUAUCAAUGUAUCCUACGGUUUAUGUCUCGCAAAAAUAAUGGCUGUUAUUGCAAUGUUUCGAAAAAAGAACAUCGAUCAAUCAAAUUAGACAUUUUUGGCUCAGCUAAAUUUACAAGAGUAUGAUCGUCUCACAAUAAGCUGUAAAGAACACCAGAAAUGAAUAUAGAAACCACAAACAAAACAAAAGACAUUGAUUACCUUAUGAUAACAGUGCCUAUAGUAAAUUUUAAAAGUAUAAACUCUACACAUCUGUGAGACAACCUGUUCUAAAUUUGAAUAGUAAUUUCUUUUUUAAGCGUAACAAACCCAACGGCCAGUAUUUUUAUUUUAUUUUAUAAUUUUAUAAAUGGCCAGUAUUUUGUAAUUGUUAAAGGUGUUUAUUAAUGGUUAUUUAGUGUUGACAAUAUAAGUGAAAUUAAAAAUAAAUAAAAUUUAAAGUGUUAUAAGAAUGAAAAUUCCCGAGACUUCGGCUAACGUUGGGGCUUACUACGGCAACGAGGAGAAUGGACAGUGGCAGCCCAACGGCGUGAUCAUCGACAGUGGAGUAGGUGGCGGCGUGGUGGGCAGCGGUGAUGCCGGCGUGCACCGUCCGCCCGUGUACCCCGUGCACCUACCCAGAGCUCAGGUUCCAGCUGGAUACGUGAUGGCAGGCGCCUUCUACCCUCCAGGCGCGUACCCCGCGGUCCCCGCCGCGCCGCAGGAUGACUUCGCUGAUUACAUGUGGAUGGAGCACGAGGAGGAGUUUGACAAACAGGUGAUGCAGCAGUUGGAGGAAGAAGCUCUUAUGGAGCAGUGUAUAGAGGCCAUGCUGGAGGACGAGCAGCGAGAGAGGAACAACAGGCCAGUCGCCAACGGACAUAAACAACACUUACCCACGACGAGUAACGGCGCACCCUCGCUGUCCCUAGAGGAGACGGUCUCCCGAUCUACCUUGAACCCGCUGGCUGCCGAGUUCGUGCCUACGCGCGUCCGACCCACGCCUGCUAACACAGAAGAAGAAAAACCAGAACCUCCCGAGCCGCCGGCACCUGAAGUGCCUCAGAAGGAAAUCGAACCCACAUCCGCUCCGUUAGAGAGCAGAGCUGACACCACGGAAGAACCCAAGACAGAAGAGCCAGUACCACCUCAAAAAGACCCGCCGGAAGUGAGCGCGGCGGACGUGCACCCAAUCACAGAGAAGGCACAGGACAAGAGGCCAAAGGAGCCUAAAAAAGACACGAGGCCUAAACAGGAAGCGAAGAAACCUGUCAAGACUGAGGUAAAACCCAAGCCCAAACCGCAACCGAUAAAGUCGGAAACAAAAGUGCAGCCGAAGAAGAAGGAAGUGAAGAGCGUCAAGAGCGAAGGCAAAGUGGAAGAGAAGCGACCCGAAGUUAGAGAGGAGAAGUGCGAAGACGCGCCCGCGGUUGUGGAAGCGGCUAAAGUUGUUGAGAAGGCCCAAACACCACCAAUCGAAGACCCGUCAAUCCCGAAGCCCAUCAACUACGCGGCCGCGGCGAAAGCCAACAAGCCGAAGAAGCCGACCACCCCGCCAGCGUCCGACAAGUCCACGCCGCCGCCACAGCCGCCGGCCAAGCCGAAAGCCGUCGAGAAAGUGAAAAAGCCGGAAAAGCCGCCCGUCAAGGAGAAAGUGAACGCGCCGAGGAAGAAUUCAACGAAGUAAAGUGUACAAAUUUUAAGCAAUGUAGUUAACCUGUCGCAUCGUCCCACGGGAGCGGAGUCUUCAAAACGGACGCCGCGUACGUCUGUGGGCGGAGAAAAAAAUGAAAAAAAAAUAUAUAAAAUAAUUAAAAUGUAAAAUUGUCCUAAAUUUUAAUAAUAUACUUAUAAUGUGAAUAUUAGUUAGAUGAAUUAGUUAGUAUAGUUGUACGUCACUUAUCGAGGUUGGUGGGUCUAAAUUGACCCAUAGUAUAGUGGGUCUUAUUUGACCUAUAGUAUGGUGGGUCCAAUUUGACCCAGGGUACGGUGGGUCAAAUUUGACUCAUAGUAUGGUGGAUCUAAUUUGACCCAGGGUAUGGUGAGUCUAAUUUGACCUAGCGUACGGUGGGUCUUAUUUGACCCAUAAUAUGGUGGGUCAGAUAUGACCCGCGACACUGCCGCUUAGGUCCCAGUGUAAUGCAUUUGUCAAUUUGAAAUUAGUUAAGUUUCCUGUAGUGGGAACUUUGAAGUCUCGUAAUGAAAUAAGUUUAAAUAAUGUACUGUCUAGAGAAGGUGCAUGAGGUUUGUGCUGAGGGUCAUUUCUGACCCACCAUAUAGAUUAAUAGAUAAAUAUAGGACCACAUGUAUAAUAUAUAGUUGCUCAAACUCCUCGAAAUGCCUUAUAAUAUAAUCAAUCAUUCACCAUAGCCUCAAUGCGGGUCAUUUCUGACCCGUCAAGUUAAUACGUGCAAAUUUCAACACCUCUAUAUUAUUGUUUAUAUAUAUUUGUUAUUUGAAGGGUUGUUAAAAGCUGUAACCGCGUAUAAGGAUGCUGUUUAUAGUGAAACAGCGUAUAGCGAAGCCGCGGUAAGUGAGGUACAACGCGCGUAGUUCGUGUCCCUAUAAAGACAAAAGAAUGACUACUAAAUUUGUUCGACUGGUGUACGGACGAUUUCGAACGAUCCAAAUCUUAAUCUUCGAUGUAAAGGUCAUUUGUUGGUAGGAUAUAUUUUAUAUCCGCCAGAAGGUGUUAAAACCCGCCAUAGUGUAGCAGCCUGUUAGAGCAAGAGCCCGUGAACCCCAGACCUUCGUUAUUUUAUACUAACUCUACUUGGGUAAUAAGUAAAUAAUGUUUCCUCGUUAGCCAGACGUUUUUGAUACACACACACCUUUUACACACCAUUAGUACCGUGUACCUGCCGAAGCCACUGUAGCCCGAACUUCAUAAUGGCACAUCGUCGUUACCUGUGUUGGGAGCAUGCGCUGACAAACUUUCAGCUUUUAUAAAAUAACGAAGGUCUGGGGUUCGCGGGCUCUUAGACUAUGUGUAUAUCCGGUUCCAACUAUAAUUGCGUUGACUAAGGGGUAAUCAUCUCAAGUCGACAUUCUAUUGGACCUACACUUAUUAGGUGCAGUGGUAACACGCCCGUAUACAAAAAUAAUAAUAAUUUGUGUGCUUAAAAUAUGGCAAGACUAUAGUUUUAUUGUGAUUGGUUGAUACACUACCACGUGACUGACGUGUGGUCUGUCGACCAAUCAGAAACAUCUACUUUCGAGUCGCGAAUUUUUGAACCGAAGGGCUGAUUGGACUAUAUUUUGUAUAGAAAGAUUUUGAAAAACAAUUGGAGAUUUUGAUCGUCAUCGUUUUGAAAACGUCGGUAAAUGUUAUAUAUUGAUUGACGGAUAUCGACUGAAUUGUUAAAUAGAAAAAUAUUCCUUUAGAGAGAGCGUGAAAACAUUUCCCUAGGGAUUUGACUGUUUGUUUUGGUGCAUUUAUGUAACAGCAAUUAGUACAAAAAAUAAGUGUGAAAACAGCAUUAAAAUUCGAUAAGAAAUGAGGCAGUAAUUCAAAUAUUGCUACGUGCAGGAGUGUGUGGAGUGGGGAUAUCGCUCCAUCUCUUUCUUUCGCACGCAUCGUUAUUCCAAUGACGUCACAUGUAAGUAUUUCGUCCCUUUUCUGUUGACACUCACCCCUUACUAAUUUCAAUGGUUUAUAACUUGUGUAUUUUUCACCAGAUUUCAAUUUCUUCUGUUUUAGAAUUUGUACGAUGAACGUAUUUUAAAGUUAUAAAUAAAUAUAAGUUAAGAUACCCGAUUGGAACGUUUGCGUACUGCUCGCAAACAAGAUGUCUUUGGUUUAAACUAUUAAGAAUUUGCGAAAAACAUUUGAUAUGUUUAACAUCUUAAAAUAUUUAGUCAGAGUAAGAUAAGUACAGAGAUAGCUAAAACUGAUUUAGAAUAGUUACACAGGCUUACAUAUGACUUUGGAUUUAUCACUGAUCCACGGCUAUGGAUUUGAUAUCGGCCGUAUGAAAAUUUUACACGUACUGUUAAUAUGAAUUCAUAAUUGGUUAAAAUUGAUCAAGAGGAGCCAUGGUUAAAACGGGAACAUAAAAUAAAAACUAAGAUUUUUUUUUUUCAAAAACGCGUCACUUUUCCAUCUCAAUCUUCAAUCCGAUUCUGAGAAUGAACCAAUCAAAAUCAUUUGUAAUCGUGUCAAAAUAACUUUGUUUUGAAUGGUCCAUUUUUGAGAUAGAUUGAAAAAGCGUUUAGAAUCGUAAUAAAUGGCGGUUAGACGGGUAUAGAUCAUUGCAUCUGUGAAGACGCGCCCCAAUACUUUCCCUAACCGCUUAGUAUGCGUAAGUAAUAAGAGUGCGCACGCGCACUACGUCGGAUAACGUCGAGGUUGAGGCUUAGAUCAUUCCCCUUACCAAGCCACCCCCACUCUAAAAGUAGAGCGCGUCUUCAUGAAUGAAAUGAUCUAUAAAAAUGGCCUCAAAGUUUGACAUUGCAGUCGAUAUCCGUGAGAAAACUUCAGUUUUUUAAUCCGUUGUCUUUUUAAAUAUAUAUUUGAUUAGUCGUUCGAUUUAAUGUAAAUUUUUAUCUGAUAGUUAUAUAGUAUGUUGCAGCCUUUUAGUAUGUAGUUUGUGGCAAUACGUCUUGGAGAAUGUGAGUAGUUACAACAGUUAAUUAAUGUUGGCGCGUACUGUACUCACCUAGGGCAUGAUUAGAAUGUCUAGGUACCUAGAUAAAGCACAUUUUGGGUCCUUUCCCUUCCCUUUUUUUGGGACGAACGGUCCCUCGGCAAUAGGGAACCGUCCUGUUUCAUUUUGUAAAUUAUUCUAUAUGGUUAAUAAUACAAAAAAACGCCUGCGAAAACUGCAUAAAAAUUGGUAAAAAAUUACCCAAUAAUUCAUAUUUCAAUGUGUAGAAGUGGGCGCGUUGUGGAUAUCGCUUCAUCUCUCUUUCGCACGCGUCGUAAUUCGCAAUGACGUCACAUGUGGGUAUUUCGUCUCUUUUCUGUUUCAUGUUACUUCCUCUUCCACCGAAAUUCAAAGACUUUAAACUUGUUGAUUUUGAACCGGAUUUUAAUAAUUCCUUCUGUUAUAAUUUAUAUAAUAUAAAUAUUUAAUAAUAGUAAAGAAUUAAAAUUUGUGCGGUGCCCUGUUCUCUAAUUUGUCUUAGGUCUGCCCUGAUCAAUAUAAUUUUAAACUGUAUGUUCGAAAAGGGAAAUGAACAAACAUAAUAUUGUAUUCAUGAAUUGUUCCGUCGAAAUUUCCAAAAAAGCAACUAAAAAUAAUUGGUUUUUAGAUAUAAACAUGUUCAAAUCCCAUUUCGUUUCAAUAUGAUUAUUUUUAUAAAUAAAAUUAAGUUUUUAUUUAUACGAAAAUAUUUUUACAAGACGUAUUGCCAUUUUAUUAUCGUUUUAAAAACAUCUCGGACACAGAGCUGUCUAAAUUCUUUGUAUUUUGUAAAUUUGCAAGGAUUUUUGAACGAAGCGGGUCGUUCGGCCGGCGUAGUUGUAACAAUUGACAAGUUUGCUUUUAGAUUAGACAAGGGAAAAAUUGGCGAAGUUAAUGACGCAAUAGGCCUUAAAAGCUACAUCUACCGCGAGCUUGUAUAUUUCCUUUUUAAAUUUAAUAACAGGGAUAACAUUUUCUCGUCUUAGAAUAUGAAGAUAUAUUUAGUAAUUUCAUUUUCUUGUUUAGUGGAAAUUCGCAAUUUUAUUAUAUAGACAUUAAGAUGAUAGAUUUUUUCUUUUCAUUUAUUUUAGCUGUAAAAUUGUUUGUGGCUGUUUGGUUUAGAAGUGUUUGCCGUUGCAAAGUGACGAUCUUUUUUUAAGCAGGCAAAGAUUUUUAAUUCAUACAGCCGUGACACUGUAUCGUUAUUAUUAAUUUUAUCUGAUAUAAUGGAAAUAGCAUGCGUUAUGAAGAUAAGAAAUUGUAAAUUAAAAAAAACUAGUUGUUAAAAGAA